AUGGCGUUCCUGGUCCUGCUGGCGUUCUUUUACAUUGGCAAGCUGGACAAGCUGCCCCGCACAGACUGCUGCGGCUGCUCCUGCCACACGCGCGCCAAGUACGCGGGCACCGUGGCGCCGGGCCCAGUCCGCCAGGUCGGCAUCGGCGGCGGCUGGCCGGGCGCGCCGAGCGCGACCGCGCCCCCCCAGGGCCAGCCCGGGGAGGUGGUGGCCAUCCCCGUGCCGCACGCCGGCUGGGAGGACGGCGCCGUGCUGGCGGAAAUUGUGGUGCGGACCCCGGGGUCCAACGUGCAGCAGCCCUCCAAGACGGAGAAGUGA